AUGGAAGAGUUGACCGAGGUAAUUACCAGUGCCGAAUUCCAUCCCAAUCAUUGUAAUUUAUUAAUGUACUCUUCGUCGAAGGGCACUAUCAAAUUGUCAGAUAUGAGAUCCAAUUCGUUGUGUGAUUCGCAUGCCAAAGUGUUCGAGGAAUACUUGGACCCUGCUUCGCACAACUUUUUCACCGAGAUAACGUCGUCUAUUUCUGACGUCAAGUUCAGCCACGACGGAAGAUAUAUCGUAUCUCGAGACUACAUGACGGUUAAGAUUUGGGAUUUGGCUAUGGAACUGAAACCCGUCAAGACGAUAAAUGUUCAUGAACAUUUGCGGGAUAGAUUGUGCGAUACAUAUGAGAACGAUGCCAUCUUUGACAAGUUCGAAGUACAGUUCAGUGGCGAUAGCAAGUCGGUUAUGACUGGAUCAUACAACAAUAGCUUCAUGAUAUAUCCUAAUAUUGUCAACGGAGGCAGUGAAAUCAAAACCAAGAUGAACAGAAGAAAGGAAGAUGUUUUCGACGAAGAUGACGACGACGAAGAUAAUGAUGUUGAAUCGCCUGGUCUUCCAACCGAUGCGUACCCCCAAUCACCAUCGUCACAAAUGGGUGAUGAGGAACAAGAAGAGAUCAUUUUACAGGCGGAUAAAUCUGCUUUUAAAUCAAAGAAGAUGGGAAAUAGUGGAACCAGACGGAGACUAAUGAGUGGGGUUGGAAGUGGAGGAAAUGAUUUCGAUAAUAUUGACUUCAAGAAGAGCAUUCUCCAUUUAUCGUGGCAUCCACGUGAAGAUUCUGUGGCCAUCGCAGCCACCAACAAUUUGUAUAUCUUUUCCACCUUGUAG